GGGAUGUGAAUGGGAGGAUUGCAAGAACAGAGAGGGAAUGGAUGCUGCUGCUGCUGGGACCGAGUGCUGAAGCAAAUGAUAGAAUUAUAGAAGCCAUGAAGAGUUUUCUGGAAGAGAUGUGGUGUGCAAGAAAUAGGGAAUUGGAAGAUUUGUAAUGGAUACUGCUUGUGUUAUUUUUACAGGGUGUGUCGAUACGAAGGUCUGACUCUCCAACGGAUCACAUGUACAGCAAGAGCAAGAGCAAGAACGUAAACAAGACCCAGGGCGAAAAGUCACUCCCGAGGGCGAAGAAUCAUUCCUAAGGGCAAAGAGUCGAGCGUGGAGGGCGUCAUGAGCUCCGUCCCACAAGAUGCACCAGAGCACUGCCCUGGAACCAACAGCCAAGAUGCAGGCAAAGCGGACGCCUGCGCCGGCUGCCCCAACCAGCAGGUGUGUGCCUCGGGGGAUACGGCUGCUCCUGACCCUGACCUAGAAGUGCUGAAGGAACGCCUUGCCUCCGUCAAGAACAAGGUGUUGGUCCUCUCAGGCAAAGGAGGCGUCGGUAAGUCCACAGUGAGCAACAUGCUGAGUCGUGCCUUGGCCAUGGACAGCACCAAAGAGGUGGGGCUCCUUGAUAUUGACAUCUGUGGGCCGUCCCAGCCACGAAUGUUGGGAGCAGCGGAGGAGAAGGUCCACUCAUCUGGUGCUGGCUGGUCUCCUGUCUAUGUUUCAGACAACCUGGCCGUCAUGUCCAUCGGGUUUCUGCUCAACAGUGCUGAUGAUGCAGUCAUCUGGAGGGGACCUAAAAAAAAUGGAAUGAUCAAGCAGUUUCUCCGGGACGUGGACUGGGGCUCCCUGGACUACCUGGUGGUGGACACUCCGCCCGGGACCAGCGACGAGCACCUCAGCAUCGUGCAGUACCUCUCGGCAACCCCGCCUGUCGCUGCCGUGGUCGUCACUACGCCGCAGGAAGUGGCUUUGUUGGACGUCCGAAAGGAGAUAACUUUCUGCCAGAAGGUCAACAUUCCAAUCAUUGGCGUGGUGGAGAACAUGACCAGCUUCGUGUGUCCCAAGUGCAAGACAAAGUCGGACAUUUUCCCGCCCACCACCGGGGGCGGCUCCCAGCUGGCCAAAGAUGCAGGCCUGCCCCUGCUGGGCCAGCUUGCCCUGGACCCAAGGGUGGCACAGGCAUGUGAUCAGGGCACCAACUUUUUGGCAGAGGAACCAGAUGCUGCUAUCACACAGUCAUACAAAGACAUCACACAGAAAAUUGUGCAGUAUUAUGGCCAGCUGCCUGAACCCACCUGACGGAGCACCUUCAAACCGCCUUGGGCUGUGUACAUGAUUUCCCUAUUAAAGUGUAGCCUUUCCAUUAUUACAGUGUAGCUGUUCCA